AUAAGAGUCACCAUAUAGUGUACAAAUAAUGAAGUAGUACUGAGUUUAACCGUAGGUAUAUGUAUACAUCGAGUCCGUAGUUCGUCGUAAUGGUUUGGUUAGUUGGGUGAUGGAUGCGGGGUUAAUUCACAAAACUCCGCUAUUGUGAACGUCAAUCACUGUGUUUUAUAAUUUUUAACGUUCACCGGACUAUAGGCUCGAGCUCAGCAAAAUGAAAGGGACGCGUCAAUCUGGGCGAUUAGUAAAUAAACCUGCGGCUAAUUACUGUGUUACACCAAAAAAGACAAAAGUUGUAAAACAAAAGAAUUGUAAUGGAGUUGAAGGUGAAGAAGAGUUUCAGAAAAUUGAACCCAUAACAAAAAGGGAUUUAGAAGAUUUUGAUGAUGAUGUUGAUGGAAGAGGAUUGUACAGUUUAGCAAUAACUGAACCAGCUAAAAAAAAAGUAACUGCAACAGAAAAUGCAAAAGAAAUACGUAAUAAAGCAACUUCUGUUUUACCUCCUCUUAGGGAGGUCUCUGUUAAAAUUGAGCCACUUAAGUUGAAAUGCCAUGAUGAGAAUUGGAAAGUAAUGUCCAAUGAUAAUAAAGAAAAUAAAGAGAGUAAAACUGACCCAAGUCCAAAACGUGUAUUGCGAAGGGGGAGAUCAAGAGCUAAUGUUUAUCAUAUGUCCACUGAUGACUAUUUUGCAAGACAAUCAGAAAAGUCAGUCACUUCAAAUCAUACACUAAGCAAAUUGAAAAAAAGACGUUUAGAUGAAGAAGAGUUACAGAAGCUAUUGGCUAACAAUAAUCAUAUUUCUGAAACUCAACAAGAUAUCAUCAAUGCUCUGUAUGAUUGCGCACAAAAAUAUUAUCCAGAAUGGUUCCGUUUAAUGGAAGAAGGAUUUACAGUUUUACUUUAUGGCUUGGGCUCAAAAAGAUUGCUAAUAAACCAAUUUCACAAAGAGAUGAUUUCUGAUGAACCCACAUUAAUAAUAAAUGGUUUCUUUCCUAAUUUGACCAUAAAAGAGAUUUUAGAUAAUAUCAUUGUUGAGCUACUGGGUAAACAGACUGAUACUAAUCAGGGUGAAUGUUUUGAAAUUAUUGAAAAAACAAUGAAAAGACAUUCAAGUGAUCGUAUAUAUUUACUGAUUCAUAAUCUUGAUGGAGGCAUGCUAAGAAAUAGUAAAGCUCAGGAUAUCUUAUCACGAUUAGCUGCGAUACCUAAUAUUCAUGUUAUGGCCUCUGUAGAUCACAUAAAUGCUCCAUUAAUAUGGGAUAACGUGAAACGCUCAAGAUAUAACUUUUUCUGGGUAGACGCUACAACAUUUAAGCCUUAUGAGGCUGAAACCUCAUACGAAAGUUCCUUACUUGUACAAAAGAGUGGGGCACUUGCUCUUUUAUCAUUACAGAAUGUGUUCAUGUCUUUAACAUCAAAUGCCAAGGCCAUUUAUAUACUGCUUGUAAAGUAUCAGCUACAACAUGGUGGAACUAACUAUGCUGGAAUGGCAUUUAAAGACCUUUUCAAUGCUGCUAGGCAGGCAUUUUUGGUUACCUCAGAUCAAAGUUUGCGUACACAGUUGACAGAAUUCUUAGAUCAUAAGUUAGUAAAAACCAAAAGAACUUCAGAUGGAGUUGAAGCUCUUGUUAUUCCAUUGGAUGAUGGAUUGUUAAAACAAUUCCUGGAACAAUAUGAUACAGGAUCAUAAGUAGUAUUUCAGUAUUAAGGUGUCAAACAUCCGCAAAACUACGCUAUUACGCUUAUCACUCAUGUUUUUACCAAUUUUUAAAUUUUUUAAUUUUCGUAGUAGUUAAAAUAUAAUAAAAAUUUGUAACAUUACUUAUAUGUAAGCUAGAAAUAUUUGAAUUGUAAAAAGCUCAAUUAUACUUAAAAGUAUAGGAUGCCGCCUAUGCAUAUAACAUGUUAACAUGAUAUUUCAUAGUUUCUAUGUCAGGCCAAGACUGAGUGUUGAAAUAAUAUUUACCCCGAAUGAAAUCUUAUUCAAUACAUUUUUGCUACAUCUUAUUGUUCUUUUGAACAAUUUUUCGCAUUCCUUGAAAAUGUGACUCUAUGUAUAGCCAACUUUUUGUUUUUAUUUAUAUUAAAAUUCUUGUGAAGCAUA